GUCAGACACUUAUUCAGUCUGAACCAGUGGUUAAGAAGCCUGGAGAAUCCCACAAACUGACCUGCACGGCUUCAAAUCUUGACAUGAGUAACUACUAUAUGGCUUGGAUCAGACAGGCUCCUGGGAAGGGGCUGGAGUGGGUGGCCUCUAUACACCCAGGUGGUGGCAGCACCUACUACUCUCAGUCAGUCCAGGGUCGGUUCACCAUCUCCAGGGAUAACAACAAGGACCAGGUGUACCUCCAGAUGAACAGCCUGAAGACUGAAGACUCUGCUGUUUAUUACUGUGCUCGAGAGCCACAUGAUGACUAUUUUGACCUCUGGGGGAAAGGGACGCAAGUCACAGUAACUUCUGGCUCUCCAACUGCCCCGACUGUGUUCCCACUGGCACAAUGUGGCUCCGGAACCGGAGCUAUGGUGACUCUGGGCUGUAUUGCCACCGGUUUCACGCCGGCCUCUUUGACCUUCGAAUGGACCGAUGCAAGCGGAACAGCCAUGACGGACUUCGUUCAAUACCCGCUUGUACAGAGCAACGGAAAGUACUCUGGAGUCAGUCAGAUACGUGUUCGGAGGGAAGACUGGGAAUCGAAAAAGAAAUUCCAGUGUGCUGUGGAUCAUUCUACUGGUAAAAAAAGUGCUGGGAUUGAAAAAAAAGUUCAGCGUGUUGUCACACCGAACAUGACCCUAUAUCCCAUCUGGAACGAUGACAAUGGGGACUCACAAAUCAGCCUCCUCUGCACCUUGAGUGGAUUCUAUCCAGAUGAUCUGAGAGUGGAAUGGUUACAGGAUGGGAAGGUCGUUAGAACCUCACCAGUCCAGAGGAAACUACAGAGUGUUGAAGAAAAGGAAAAAACAUUCAGCCUAAGCAGCCAACUUGAGUUGGACAUUGACAAAUGGACUCAGGGGUCAAAGUUUCAGUGCAAAGCUUUUCAAAGAACAACUAAUUUCACAAAAACCACUAGUAUUUGCUCAGCCCACCUUUAUUCUACUUCUCCUGCCAUUAUUCUGGAGACCCCCAAAUUCAGGACCGUGAUGACCCAUAAUGAGGUUACAGUUACAUGUGUGGUCCAAACUCAGUAUGACGCCAACAUCUCCUGGCUUCUGGAUGGAAAUUCCAGCAGCAGUGGCUCAGUGACCCAGACCAGAAACACAAGCCAGAGUAUCAGCAGCAGCCUGAAUGUUUCCUCCAGCCAAUGGAAGAACUUAACCACUAUAACAUGCAAAGCUGAACAUCAAUGCUUAAAAUCCGCCCAGACGACAAUCAGCUUGACAGGGCUGCCAGAAAGUGAUCCCUCAGUGCAGAUCAGAAGGACUCUUCCAGAUUUACUGAAGGGUGAAAGUGCUGUGCUGGAGUGUCACGUGACACAACUCUCUUCCCAUGACCUCUACAUCACCUUUCAGGUUGAUGGUGAAGAUUUUGGGGAGAAACAAUUUGUUGAAAUGUCAGCUUCCAAAGACCUUCAGUCAAUAACCAGACGUGUCACCGUCCCUGAGCAACACCGGCAGAGAAACAGCACUUUCACAUGCAAAGUGAACCAGGGCUUCUCUAAAAACUGGCAAUCUAUGUCAACUGGAAAAAUAUUUGGUGACCCAUCUAUGGAACUUCUUCUAGCUCCUCGUGAGGAGGGAGGCUCAGGGAAGCAGACCCUCCUUUGUAAUAGUGAGGGCUUCAACCUUAAGAUCAGGUGGCUUUCUGGGUCUGUAGAGAAGUCUUCAACAACCAGUGAGACCAGGAUAAGUGAAGAUGGACGAUCUUUUGUGAGCAGUUUCAUCACAAUUCCUCAACAAGAGUGGAACCAGGGGUCAGAGUUCACCUGUGAGGUCAAAGAUUUCAAGAAAACAAUCAACAGAACUAUCAAUAUGUGUGCAGUAUCUCCAACUUCCUCUCAGAAGGCUGAAGUGUAUAUCCAGGGACCCCCUUUCCAGAAACUAUGGACAGAUAUACCGGUGCCCAUAACCUGCCUGUUGGUGGGUCAAAAUCUUGGAGACUUCUCUAUGGGCUGGAAGGUUGGUGGAUUGACAAACCUUGGAUUUUCUCACCAACUCCUGGACCACAACAAUGGUACACAGACUGUUGUCAGCAUUUUGAACGUGUCUGCGACCACUUGGCACGCUCACAAACGUGUAUCCUGCGAGGCAAAGCACCGCUGCUCUAAACAGGGGCACGAAGAGCAUAUUAGUAAAACGAGAGAUGCCAAGCCACCGAAAGUGAAAAUAGUGACACCAACGGACCUGGAGUUUGGCAACGUCACACUGCUCUGCCUAGUAUCUGACUUCUACCCAUCAGAAGUCAUGGUGUUUUGGGUACAGAAUGCCAACAGGUUACAUUCAUCGAAUUACACCAGUAGCUUUCCAGCCCAUGACACAAAAAGCAGCAGUUUCUUCCUGAUCAGCAGACUGAACAUAGCUCAGCCCCAGGAAGACCAGGGUUCCACCUAUUCUUGUGUGGUCCAACACGAGUCGUCCAAUACCCCAGUCAAAAGCUCCAUAAGGAAUGUAUUUGCCUCAGUGACCCCCAGCGCACCAACCGCCAACCUCCUCCAGGGUUCUGGAGAGCUGGUGUGCCUGGCCUUUGGCUUCAGCCCUGCACCCAUCAACAUCACCUGGCUGCUUGAUGACCUCACUGAGCUCUGGAACCACAGCACCUCUACUCCCUACAGAGGACCCGGGGGGAAGUUCAUUGUCAAGAGCCAGCUGUUUCUGCCUGCUCAAAAUUGGUUACCAGGGGCAGUGUACACCUGCAGGGUGAAACAUUCCACCAUCACGUUGACCCUCAACAUAUCCAAACCAGAGAUUCUUGAAGAGGCUGUUUACUUUGAUGAGAACAAACAUGUGCCUAUUGUGCUGGACAUGACAGAGGACAGUUGGUACAUGACGUGCAUAUUCCUCACCCUCUUCCUUAUCUCUCUUCUCUACGGGAUCUUAGUCACUCAUGUAAAGACCAAAUGAUGACUUCAGACCCUGCAGAACAUCAAUUUAAUUGAUCAAUAAUUUGUUGAGAUAUAGCUUAGUAAAAAUUAUGCCAAAUAUCAUUGCAUAUUGUUUGAAUUGAUGUGAUUGUGCACUUGAUUACUGUUUGUUCUGAUUGCUUCUGUUCUUUGUUACAGUUUUCUGCUUAAUAUGGCUACAAAUAAAACGAUUAUUAAAAUGU